GUGACGCAAUUGCCAUUAGAACGAAGAGGCAUGGUUUCACGGAGGUGACCUACACUUUGAAACAGUAAUGUAACAAAGCUUCUAAUCUUGCAAUAGCAUACUGUAUGUCAUUGGGGUGGCUGUUAUUUAGCUUUGCAACGUAGCCAAAACGUAUCUUCUAACAGUUAUAAUUCAGCUUGAAUACCCACGCUACUGAGAGCAACAUUUGAGAUGGCAGAGGCACAUCAAGCUCGUGUACAGAAAACCAUAGAGGAUAUGGUUCAAAGUUUAGAACGGGACCACAUCCGCAAGAUGCAAGGACUCAUGUUCAAGUGCAGUGCAGAGUGUUGCGAGCGCUCCACAGACUCCAUGUCGCAGGUGCACAAUUGUAUUGAACGCUGCCACACUCCUCUGGCGCAGGCCCAAGGACUAGUGACCAAUGAACUAGAGAAAUUUCAGGACCGGCUGACCAGGUGCACCAUGCACUGCAAUGACAAGGCCAGGGACCUGUUUGACUCUGGGGCCAAGGAGCCAGCCGUGCGGGCCAUGAUGGAGAACUGUGUGGGCAGCUGUGUGGACGACCACGUCAACCUGAUCCCCAGCAUGACGCACAGACUCAAAGAGAACCUGGACUCUAUUCCACAGUGAGGAGGAGGGAAGAGCUUACUUCAGAUGCAUGAUACAGCCUGGACUCCAUACUACAGUGACAAAGGGGUUCAUAAAGUUUACUCUGUCAUCUCAGACUCUAAUAACAGUGAGGAAGUAUAAACAGCAGACUCAAAGAUGACAGUGAAAAAGAGAGUUAGAAAUGGCAGAUCCAAUACCUCAGUGAGGGAAAGGGACAUGGGGGUUGUACAGCUUGCAGGAAUUAGAUUUGGGUCCUGGUAAAAGAUUAAUUCGAGUCCAUGCUGUCAGGGAGGGUGGGGGAUAUACUCCCGCUCAGAGUCAAAGAAACUACACAUCCCCUGCAAACUGACUGUAUGUUUCUAUGUAGCACUUACUGUUUAUUGGUUGAACCUACAGACCAGACAGCCAGCUGAACUUACUCAGCAGACCUAUGCCAUUACAGAACUGUCUAACAUACAAAAUACCGGUAACUAUGUGUGAAGGUAUUUAUUACUUGUCCUGAUAGCCUAGCUGUUGUAUGAUUGGAGUCUUUAUUCUGCCUCAGUACUCUGAAUAUUUGCAACCUGUUCCUCUAUCCUCUAGCAUGAUCUCUGUGCUGUUUGUUUUGUGUGAACUACGCAUGUUCUGUGAUUGUCUUUCCCUCCAUCACUAUUUCAGUUUUUAUAUGAAAA